GUGUUAAUGAUUGUGCCAAAUUUAUAGAUGAGAUAUCCACUCCCCAAAUAUUGAAUAAGUUCAGCCGCCAAGUGUUAUCUUCUCUUGUAGUGUUCUUCCCUCCUUCAAACUAUGUCCAUUUCUACUACCGCCACCACUUCCGUUACCUCAUUCCUCUUCCCCUCACCACCACCACUUUCUACAAAUUCACAACUCUCCUUCUUUUCUCCUUUCAAACUCAAACCACUCUCCAACACUUCUCUCUUCCUCCAAACCCCCUCCACCUCCACCUCAAGGCGCAACCCAUUUUUAACACGCGCCGACGACGGCGACUCUGCCGGUCCCGACGAUUACGAGAUGGACGACGACGAAAUGGAGGAGGUAGACAACAAGAAAGACUUCGAUAUCGAGUACGAUCCGUUGGCCGCCGCCGCCGGAGACGUCGACAUUGCGGCGGUGCAGAGCAAGAACUUCGUGUCUACGCAGGGUUGGGACCCCGAUACACUCGUUGAUUACAGAAUUAACGAAGACGAGUUUCAUAAGAUUAGCUUGUUAGAUUGCGAUUUCUUCAUAAGGAAACCCCCUGACCCUGAUAACGAUGUCUAUGAUUUCAGAGAGAUGUACGUCACUCCUCCGGAUACAGAUGUUUAUUCAAUCCCCAAGGUUCUUGCACCAAUGCCUCAGAAGUACAUUAGAUGCGCGCAAAGUGAUUUUGGAUGCGAUAAUGUUACGGAGCCACCUGUUGAUGCACGUCGAGAUCCUCUGUAUAAAUCUGAGAGGGAAAUUGAGAAGGUAUUCUUGACAAAACACUACAAAAAUCGGAGACUGGGAGACCCUGAGUUUGUCCUAGAUUUUGAGGAGAUUUAUGUUAUUGAUUCCAAAACUAAGUCCAUAACCAGAGCCAAAAUUCUUGUAACAGCUCCUGGAGGGAGAACUAGAGAUAGAAAGAGCGACUUGCUUGUUAUAGCUGAUAAGGGGAACUCCUUCAAAAUAAUACAUGCGAGUGAAAAAGAUGAUCCAACAACUGUGAUAGAAAGACGGGAGUGGGCCCAAUCCAGAGAAGAAAUGGAGAGGCAUCUUAGAAAACUAAGAGACUUCAGCACUUCAAAUUGGUUUUGAUUGAUAAGUACGUACUCAAACACUUCCCAAUGAUUGUGCACAGCACGAUAAGUAGUUCGAUCUAACACGUCACACGUGUAUACAGGAAAUUAGACCCAACCUUCCAUUUUUGACAUUGUGUGCUAGUUGCUGGAUAUUGUGUAUAUUCUGUUGUAAUUUGUUAUUGGUAGAGACAUGGCUAUUGAAGUCCAAUUAUCUAUAAUAGUGACCUACAGUUGAAUAGCCACUGCUUGGAUAUAUAACCGUGAAUAUUGAGUCAUGGCAUGACCAUAACUUUUUGAGUACAGAACUUAAUAUUUUUGUAUUUUCA